AUGGAUAGUGGAUCAGGGCCCUUUCAAUCCUCACAGCAUGAAGCGACUAAUCCUAGCAGCGGGGCGUAUGAGAAUCCCGGAUGGAGUGAGUGGAAUCAACAUGCUGGGGAAUCCAAUCAGGGUUGGUGGACUGAUGAUAACUCUCAGAAUGCUGGAAUGAAUCAGGACACUGUGCCGCAGGUGGAUCCUCUGCAGGCAAAUGAUCCGUGGAUAGGUAACACGGCAGGUGCUUCGACCGAUCACAUGGCGACGACAUCCGUCACCUCACUGACGAGCGCUACGCCGCAGAAUCCUACCACAGCAUCACCAGGAACGGCGCAGACCAGUGCAGAUCAUUGGACUGCGCACACUACUCCUCAAGCUAGCUCUACUUCCUUGACGGCUCCUACGGCUUCACGAGGGAUGACAAUGAACCAGCAGGCAACAUUCUCUGCCUCUCCUGGACCACCAGUUUCACAUGUGAAUGAGGCGACUGCGUCAGCAGCCGGCGGUGAUCAUUCAUGGGGAAAAAACUGGAACUGGGAUAGCUGGUGGUGGAAUGACUCAGGGAGGCGCGACCAUGACUGGUCCACCACAGCGUGGAGAAACUCCAGCUGGCAAGAGACCGGACCGUGGAGCAACACUGGCUACAAGGGCGAGUUCAGCGACCCGCCGUCUUGGCCGGGCUGGUCUCAUCGACGUUUUUGGAUUCAAGCCAUUCAGCGUUGGAACAAGAACUCCGACAUCCCAGUGACGAAAAGGUCCGAGAAGGUUUUGAGGGCCUUGGGCUGGGAGCUGCAGCCGGACUUUGAGCAUCUCCCAGAGGCAGUUCUUGCCUCCUCAGCCUAUCUCGAAGUCAUCAUCGAGAUCAUCAACAACAAGGCAGGCGUGCGAGAAGAUGAUGAGAAGAGAAGAGCCUUUAAGGCAGCCAUAGUAGAAACCCAUCGUCGCCGCGACGAAACUCUUGCCCAAUACUCAGUGCGAAGACUCAGAGAUUUUUCUCAUGCAUCCUCCUACGGCGUCAUCAUCCCUGACGAGUUCAAGGCAGUCAUGCUGAAAGAGGGUGCGGGGCUGAAUGAGCAGAACCAGCAGAACCUGAUGUCUCUUCUGGCGGGGCAAGACCAGGAUCCCAAUGCAGUAGCACGAGCUUUGGGCAGGUUGGACGUUCGCUCUGAUCGAAUCUCCGGCUUUGUUCAGCCUGAGCUCUCCGAGAACUAUGCCUCCGCUCCUGACGAGCUCUUUGAUCCCGAGGAAGAGGACGAAGAAGAGUCCGCGGAGGACGACAUCAUCCAGGAGUUGGAACCCCUGGAUCUCACUGAGGACCAGAUCAACCAAGUCUAUGCGGUACUGGACGUGAGAGAAAGGAGGACCAAGCGACGCACUUGGAAGCAAAACAAGGAGUUCAAGGCAACUUUGAAGAAGGAGCGUGACAGCUUCACCAAAGGGGCUGACCAGCAGAAGCCUCAUGGGACAGGGAAUAGACCGAGGAGAUCCCAGAUGAAUCGAGAGCAAUUGAAGAAGAUCUCCCGGUGUCGCAUUUGUUUGAAGAAGGGCCACUGGGCCGAGGAUUGCACCGCAGGGUCAAAGGACUCCAAGAAGGUGGCACUCACAGCCUUCUCCUAUACCGGAAAUUCAUCCUCGGCAUCACAUGCAGCAUUCUCGUUUCUCUCUGGCAGGUGUUUUGGCCAGUUCUCUGAGGCGUUUGAGGCGAGUUGGAACUUCCUGACCUUCUCAUCGAACGAGGCCAUCAUUGACAUCGGGGCCACUCAAGACCUCAUAGGAGUGCAGUGUUUGAAGCGUCUUGAAGAAAGUCUCGCAGAAGUGGGACUUAGGGCAGUGCGGGUGGAGGCUCCUUUGAUGACUCCUUCUGGCAUUGGAGGAUCUGCCAAGGCCAUCGGCACGGUUCUCAUUCCGGUCUCACCUGGAGGCCACCCUGGUGUUUUGGAGAUGACCAUUUUAGAAGGGUGCAUUCCUCCUCUUCUCAGCGUAGGCUUUUUGGAUUUUUUGCAGUCUAAGAUAGAUUUGCCUGGCAACAACAUUCGUUUUGACCGGCUCAAAUGCACUUUGCCUUUGAAGAAACUGGCCACCGGUCACAGGACCAUUCAGUUGGUGCAGUGGCAGCAUGACGAGCGUUUUCCUGUUCCUUCCGAGCUGAAGGAAAAGUACCAGCUGUGUGACCGAGCUUUUGAUGUCAAGCUCUCCUCCGCGUAUCCAAAAGAAACAGCUGCCGUUUUGAGCGGGCAGCAUCAACAUGAGCCCAAUCUUUAUUUUCAGAGUGACAUCAAAGCCAUGAAAGAAUUUGCAGACACUCACAUGGUCACAGCUGACAGCCGUGCUGAUGCCGAUUUUGAAAUUUGCGUGCAGAAUGACAUCAACAAUUUUAGCAAAAUUUCACCACAACAUGAUUUUUCCAGAGUGCUUUUGAGUUCAGCUAGUUCAUUUGAGAAGGAACCACAUCAAUGCCAUCAUGGAUCUGAUCAACAUGAGCAUGAGCGUCGCGAAUGUGCGCAGCCUCUUGGCCCAACAACUAUCCGGCCGAUGGGCACCAUUUCGAGCAACUGCUCAACUCAAUUCGCUUUGAGCUGUCCUAGACGCUGCCAUGACGUCGCUUCUCGAGAGCGGCAUGCCAGCCACCGGAAGAUGGAAGAAGUUGAUGGACAGCAUGGGAAAUCGUCUGGAGGAGAACCGCAUCAACUACAAGAGGUUGGCAUUGACCGAAACCCGGACGAAAAGCCCGGCAUCACAACGCAUGAAGUUUCUCCUCAUGGACAACCAGCAGCCGGGGAAGUGUUUGCAUCCCACGGCAACGUUGACAUCCCGCUCCAACCAGUACGCAGACUGGACAACUUGCGGGAAAUGCCAAGCUCGGAUCACCUACACAUCAAAGAGAUCAACAACCAUGAGCGCACCAAAGGGGAAGGCUCGACCUCCUACCCCGGCGGCAGCAUCAGCCACAAGCCGCAUUGUGGAAGAAGCGAUGGGGAGCAUGCAGGUCCAGAACACACAGCUGGGCCAGGUUCUGACCCAGAUCAGCAGCUCUCUGCAGGAGCUUGCGCGAGGCCAAAGCCAGCUGAUCAUGAUGAAUGCAACGCAGCAGCCAGUGUCUCCAACGGCCACGCAGUCUUGGGACGCGGUGAUGGAGAACCCAAACAGCUCGCCGGAGGCCGAGGGGUGAGAUGGCCCACCUGGAUGUUGCUGUCGAGCUCUAUGUCGGUGGCUUCUAUGGUAUCCUGGUCUCAAUGUUCGACAGAGCUGCAGAAGCUCUUGCUGCAGCACAAUCUGGAUGAGAACGCAGUGGUCUUUCGCCAUUGUCCGAAAUCACUGCGGCCUGAACCUUUUGAAGACUGUGGAGAGCUCUCUCAUUGGCGUCAAGUAUGUCAUGGUUUUCAGGAAUGUCAAGAUGCCAUCGGAUGCCAUAGCGCUAAGGUAUGUCCUGACCCAACAGAAUGUCCAGGCGACAGCCUAUGUCAUGUUUCUCCAGUAUGUCCUGGCUUCCAGGAAUGUCAAGAUGCCAUCGAAUGUCAUAGCGCAAAGGUAUGUCCUGACUCAACAGAAUGUCCAGGUGGUAGCUUAUGUCAUGGUCUUAAAGAAUGUGCAGCAUCCUAUCAGUGUGCAGGUGGUGCGGUUCACGGCACCGAGUCUGUCUCCUCAUGCAAACCAGUGAGACCCAAGUGGCUGCCCUCCUACAUCCAGUGCAAGGAGGCCCUGGUGAAUGACGUCACGGAGAUCAUGUUCUCUUUCAGUGAUGGAUGGCAACUUUUGUGGCUCCAAAUGUAUGAUCUAGACACGGGAGUGUGUUUAGAGGAUGGACCACGAACACAAGGGGCAGCAACUUUUGCAAAGCCGAGAUCAGUGCGGGCUCGUUGUUGGGGUCUGCCGACCUCACUACUGAGCGUGCUUCAGCUGGCAGACAAUGACUCCAACAUUGCAGUUUUUGAUGAACAUGGUGAUUUUUCAGAACAGGGCCCAUUUUGGGCCUUCAAGGCAAGUGUUUGGCGUCAAGAGAUAGGGGAUGAAGAUGACUGCUGCGAGCAGAAAGUUCGACAGCAUGACGAAGAUCACAGCCACAAAAAUCUGACCUGGCUGGCACGCAGAGCCACCGAUGUUUCAGGCCAGAGCAAGCUGGAUUUUGUGGAGCUCUUUUCACCUCCUCGAGUCACUCCCAUAGCUCGUGAUCGCGGCUUGCGGGUAGACACCUCUCAGAUCUUUGACCUGAAGCACGGUUGGGAUGUCCGCAAGAAGGCUCACAGGGUCAAGUUCAGGAAGUUCAGAAAAGACCGGAAACCUCGCAUGUUGAUGGCCUCGCCCGAGUGUCGCGCGUUCACUCAGUGGCGGCACUUGAACAGAAGGCAUAUGAGUGAGCAGACGCUCAAGAGAGACCUCGAAGAAGGGCAUCUUCAAUGGAACUUCUCGUUGGAAGCCGCUCGAGAUCAACUAGCUGAUGGCCUUCACUUCGGCCUGGAGCAUCCUCAGGGAGCAGAAACCUGGGAGCUUCCGCAAACUCAGAAGCUCUUGGCAAGGGAUGAUGUGGCCUUGAUGACCUUUGACCAGUGCGCCUUUGGACUACGAGUGCAAGAAGGCUCAGAUCGUCUCUCGAGAAAGAGCACUAAGAUUGCGACCAGCAAUCCAUGGCUUGCGUACCUUCUCCUGCAAGCCCAAUGCUCUGGAGACCACGAACACCUUCACCUGGAAGGCAACUACACCAAGAAAGCACAGGAAUAUCCGCCUGACCUAUGUCGAGCUAUAGUUCUCAGCACUGAGCACAUCGUUUCUGGCAUGAUCGCUCCGAGUUUCAUGCAGCCCUUGAGCCAGAGCGAGACCUACAAGGACAGUGAGAAGACUCUUCAAAGUUUCUUCGGCGAGGAAGAAGAGGAAGAGGAGAUCACAACGCCAAUUGAAGCCAGAGAAGACAGCAGGCUGCCUCUGCCUCAGCUGACUGACUCGCAGAAGCGCCUGGUGCGGAAGGUCCACGUCAACACCGGUCAUUCUGACCGUCACAGAAUGCUCAGAGCCUUUAAGGCUGCUGGAGCCCUCCCUCAAGUUCUCCGAUUCGUCAGAGACGAGUUCCAGUGCGAGGACUGUGACCUCAAGCAGAAGACUGAUGCCCGUCGCAGAGCUCAACUGCCACGCACGUUCAGUUUCAACAAGAUUCUCAGCGUGGAUUUCCUGUACAUCAGAUUCCAGGAAAAGCAGAUCCCCAUAUUCAAUAUGGUCUGCGUGGGAACCUCCUAUCAAGUUGCUGUACGAGCUCCAGUACCUGACGGAUCCCAUGGAGGCACACCCACAUCUUCCACAGCCUGGAGAGUCUUCUUGGAGAGUUGGGUCCGAUACUUCGGCAUGCCCCAAGUGAUCAUCUGCGACUCAGGCAAUGAGUUCAAGUCCAUGUUCGAGCGAGGUCUAGAGCUCUACGGGGUGUAUCAGCACGUGAUUCAUCCAGAAUGCCCGUGGGAGAACGGAAAGGGGGAGCGUCAUGGCGGUUGGUUGAAAAACAGGUUGGAUUCUGAGAUUCAUGGUGGACGCUGUGUUUUCACCAAUCUUCCUGAGCUAGAUGAGUUCCUAUCCUCUUUGACGGCUACCAAGAAUAGAUGGCUGUCCAAGGGAGGCUACACACCAGCUCAACUGGUAUUUGGUGAACUUCCACGAGUUCCUGGUGAACUUCUCUCUGAGGACGAACUGGGCAACCAUGGCCUGCGAGACGCCUUCGAAGACCCAGGUGAAGUCGAUGAAGCAGCAGGUGAGUAUCGGCGACGUCAUGCCGUCAGAGAACGUGGACGUCAAUGUGCCAUGGAGCAGUCCAGCCGUGAGGCGAUCAUACAUGCCCAGAAAGCAGCUCACCACCCCAAUCGCCACUGGUCUGUAGGCCAAUGGGUCUAUGUGUUUCGUCGUGCCCGCCAGUCACAAGAUCUUCAUCUUAGAGACAGAUGGGUAGGUCCAGGCAUAGUGGUGAUGACAAACAACGACACAGUCUACGUGGGAAUGAGAACCCGACUGUGGAGAUGCUCUGCCUCUCAACUUCGAGCUGCUCUACCAAGCGAAGUACUUGGCAGAGAUCUGAUGUCAGAUCCAGGGCUUGCAGAACUUCUUAGGCAGGUGAUUUCUGGAACCCACGCUGGAGCAGUUGACGUGGCCAGUGAGGGACCACCACCACCUCAACAUGAACUCAAUCCUGUUCAACGAGUUGAAGACGGCGUGGAGAUUGCGCAGGAUCCAGCUUUGCAGUUGCCUCCAAGUUCAGCAGAAGCCCCGGAACAAGCGAAGCAGCACCUCAACAGAUGCCACAGCCAGUUGAACCAGUACCACCUGGUCUGGGACGAGAGAUGUCUCAGCCUUGGAUCGAUCAACUUCCUGAGGCGAUCUUCCGUGGAGGAACCUGCCGCAGAGCCACCUGUGCCAACAUCGCAGAUGGACUCCAUAGCUGAAGAGCCUCUCGAAACGGAGUCGACUUCUCCGGUGGCCGAACCUCCAUGGAAGGCAGCCAGAUUAGAUGAGAUGUCUUCAGAAAUUGGAGCAGGAGCAUCCAGCUCAACCCAACCUCCUCUGCAACCUGAAGGAGCUCAUUCAACCUCCACUACAAGAGCCCCUGGGACACCAGUGGCCAGGCUAUUGAGAAGCAUCCCAUCAAUCCAAGGUGACUUGCCACCUCUUCCACCAACACUGGACUCUGAUGAAGAGGAAGAGAGACAACAAGCUUUCAGUACCGAGGGCUGGAGUGGCACCUACUUCAACUACAGGCUUGGCGACGACACCUGGUGCUCUGACAGGCAGGGCGGAUGGGCGCUACUAGCCGCUCCAAAAAGAGGAGGAGAAAUAAAUUUGAAGGAUCUGUCAACCGAGGAGCGAAAGAUGUUUGAUGAAGCCGACAAGCUGGAGUGGCAAGCCAUCCUCAACACCAAGGCCGUGCACGUCAUUGGGAAGAAGGAAGCAGACAAGAUUCGUCAACGCUUCCCUGAUCGCAUCAUCAGUUCUCGGAUGGUGCGACGCAAGAAACCACAGCCUGAGCUGCACUCUUGGAAGGCAAAAUCGAGGUGGUGCCUACACGGUCAUUGCGAUCCAGACACCGGCACUUUGUCAACAUACGCUCCCACACCUCAGGCGGAGGGUAUCAUGAUGUUUCUGCAGACUGGGCUUAAUCUGCAGAUGCAGUUUGCCUUCGGAGACGUGAAGAACGCCUUCUGCCAAUCCUUUCCACUUCGAAGGCCUCGAGGUCCUCUAUACGCAGAACCUUGUGAAGGACUCCACCUACCACCAGGAUCAUUGAUAGCCAUUGAUGUCCCCGUCUAUGGGUUGGACAACGCGCCAGCCGCUUGGCGAACUACGGUGGCAACAUACCUGGUGGAGGACCUUGGUUUUGAGCGUAACCUUGUUGAACCCUGUUGGUAUUCAAAAUUUGAUGAACAUGGGCAAUGCGUUGCGCAAAUCUUAGUCGAAGUGGACGACUUCAUCAUUGCCGCUCAGAAGAAUCACUACGGUUCGAUCAAAGAGUCCCUGACCAACAGAUUCAAGUUUGGCAAGUGGGAGGAGAGUGAGGCAGAGUAUGCGGGAAGGCACAUCAAAUGCACACCAGACUGCAUUUACGUUGAUCAGAGCAAGUACAUCAUCGAGCAAAUCCAUCCAGUAGCUCUACAGAAGGGGCGUCGCACCCAGAAGAACUCCCAGCUGACGGCUGAAGAGUUCAACGCUCUGCGAUCCUUGACCUUCAAGUUCAACUGGUUGGGACGCGAGACCAGACCUGAGGCAGCUGGUCUAGCAUCCAUCAUGGCGAGCCGUUUGCCAAAUGCAACCAUUGAAGACGUAGGUAUAGCAAACAAGUUUGUCAACUAUCUACGAUCAACAGCAGACAGAACUCUUAAGCUCUGGAAAUUUGAUCCUCACACCAUGUGCUUCAUCGCCAUCUCAGACGCUGGCGGGAUCAACACGAAAGGCAGUGAUCUUCUGGAUGACGAAGGGCUUCCAGCCGAUGCGACCCAAGGCGCAUGGAUUGUUUUGGCAGCAGAGACUCUCCCAGAAGGCAAACAACGCGUCAGGGCAUCACCAAUCACCUGGCGCUCCUCCAAACUGAAACGCAAGGUCUUCAGCACGUUUGGCGGAGAGACUCAGGCCAUGCUGCAAGGAGUGAACGAAGUAGAUUGGCUCCAGGUGAUGUACCGAGAUGCAGUGCACCAUGAUGUCCAACUGAGCAAUGAUGCGCUGAACCAGUUCCUGAAGAGCGGAUGGCUCUCCUUGGUGGAUGUCAAAGAGGAGAUGGACCAGCGCAAAAGUGACGUAGCUUUCCGCCGUAGGAGCCAAACGCCAGUGCCAAGUUGCGUGGGCCAAGUUCAUGAGUAUCGCGGCGUCAACGAGUUGCGCACGGGCGAAACGGCCCUGGCUGCUGUGAACUUUGGGAGACAGAAGGCCAUCGUUGAACUGCCAUUGUCCAAACUUCUUAAGGAGAAGGUCCUCAUCAAAAAUGACUGGGCAGUCGGAGCUCGCCUCGGGAAUUCUCUCAUUGUACUUGCAGGCUACGGCAUGGGCAACGGUGGUCACGAGCUCUUGAUCCUGAAGGAUCCAGACAUGGAGCCCCAGCCAGUACAAACCAAGUUGGACGUGCUGUCCACGAAGAAACACAAGGCGUGGCCCUGUGGCCAAUGGGUUCUGCGCCCCUUUAGGUCAGCCGUUGAUGCGCAGGAGAGUGUGGGGACCUCUGCUGCGGCCUCGCCUCGAGUGAUGGCCUUCAAGGCGGGCUUCGUGCCGGAGCACCUGGUGAAGGACAUUUUGCACCGCAGCCCUCGGUCUGUCUUGGAAAAGCUGCUGGCACAAUCGAUCAGCGAGCAAAGAGCCAUGCAGGUCGACGACAUUUUCCAAGAAUGGCCUGCGGCGGCUGAUGAUCAAAGCGGCUACCCUGGGCUGGCCAUCCCUUCCCUGCUGGCCUUGCUGGCCUUGUCCAUACUGAUCGUUAUACGCUUCCUGCGACGCACACGCGCACGACCAGAGAAGACUGGAUAGAUGAGCAAAUGAUGUCAGACGUGAGGGAUUAU